AAGCGUUUGAAAUUUUGAAGGCAAGAAUGCCUUCUGAGGCAAGUGAUUUGAUUCUUUGGUUUGAAAAUAACUAUAUUGGAGGGGUAAGAAGUAGUUCGCAAAAUGAAGAUAUAGUAGUCCGCAGUUUGCCUUUAUUUUCACCACGGCUUUGGUCCGUUUAUGAGUUAAUAGAAUUAGGUAUUCCACGUACUCAAAAUAACGUUGAAGCUUGGCAUAAUCGGUGGAAUACCCUAGUUGGAAAAAAGCAUGUAAGUAUUGAUACAUUAAUAAGUGAGUUGCAAAAAGAACAGCUGCAUGUUGAUACACAGAUUGAACGUAUUCUCCGUGGGGAACCAAGGCCUAAGCAAAAUAUAUAUUAUAUUGAAAAGGAGAGAAGGAUGAUGGAAAUUUUCAAUGAUCAAGAAAAUCGGCCAGUUAUGGAUUUUUUGC